AUGGUCCCCUCCGCAAACAUCUUCCAGAGCAUCUCUGGCGACGCAGUGCCGUCGCAGAUCCCGCGCCGUGACAACCACCCGCAGGCGCGGAUCGGCAUUCUGGACUCGAGCAGGGUGAUACAGACCAACAAGUUCUAUGCCAACCUGUUCCUCGGCUCGCGCGCCGACGGCGUCUGGACACACCCGUACAGCAUCUCCUGGAGCCAGGGCCGCGGAAAUGCCCGGAGCUGGGGCCUUGCCAUCUCGCACAUCGACCGCGACAUGCUGGCUCUCGGCCCAGACACGGGCCACGGCAGCCGCCAGUAUUACAUCAACCCAAUUGGCAUCCAGUCGAUGCUCCUGUCGGCGGCCGAACUGAGCAACUCCACUAGCAUGACGGUCGACUCGUUGCAGACAUUCUCGGCGAACAUGAACCUCGCGCCGACAGCGGGCGCCAGCCCAAUCGUCACAUUCCCGCUCGUUCAGGGCAUGGGCUUCGUGACCGGCGUCUACAAGGGCGCGACGCCUCUCGUCCAGACCAGCGUCUUCUUCCGUACGGUCAGAGGCCCCAUCGCUGUGGGCUCGACCUCCAAGUGGCAGGUGACGCUGGAGGACGGCAAGUCUUGGCUCGUGUACGCGACGCCCGACGCCGGGUACGCGGCACCGGCUCUGAACAUGACGAGCAACACGACGCUGCGCGGGCCGCCGAACUGGCGGGGUACGAUCAUGGUGGCGAAGAACCCGGCCGGCAACGCAGGCGAGUCCAUCUUCGACACGAGCGCGGGCGCCUACCCUGUCGCAGCAAUCAUCACGGGCUCAGUCAGCGGCGGCACGGGCUCCUACUCGCUGCAGUUUGGCAAGGCCGGCCUGACUAGCAAGACGCUGCUGAUGUGGGCGCUGCCGCACCAUGUGCAGAGCUUCGACAGCCACACGGCGCCGGGCCGUAGCAACGUGCAGCUGUACACGACGACCAAGGGGCUCGCGACCGCGGUGCGCAGCGACUUCUGGACCAUGGUCGAGUCGAACCUGCCCACGAGCAUGGGCUUCGCGCCAUGGACGCCGUCGCGCGGCGCCAUUACUACGCUGUCGAGCACGGCAACGCGCGCGGUUAGCAGUGCGGCGGAGAGCGAGCUGCGCCAGGAUAUCGACGGCCAGACGAACCUCAAUAGCAUGUACUUCAGCGGCAAGGGCCUGGCUAAGUUUGCAUCCAUUGUCUAUGCUGCCAAUGACUUGGCGAAGAACCAGAGCGUGGCGAGGCCGGGACUGGAUAAGCUGAAGAAAGCGUUUGCCGUCUUUGUUAAUAACCGCCAGAUUUACCCUCUGGUGUAUGACAGCACUUGGGGUGGUGUCGUGAGUAGCGCUGGCUAUCAGGAUGCCAAUGCGGAUUUUGGAAAUGCGUACUACAACGACCACCAUUUCCACUAUGGAUACUUUGUGUAUACGGCGGCUGUCAUUGGGUAUCUUGACCCCUCUUGGCUGAACACGACCAACAAGGCAUGGGUGAACAUGCUUGUGAAGGACUUUGCGAACCCAAUUCAAGGAGGUGACUUCCCUUUCAGUCGUGCGUUCGAUUGGUUCCACGGGCACAGUUGGGCAAAGGGCCUUUUCGCCUCGGCAGAUGGAAAGGAUCAAGAAUCGACGUCUGAGGACGCAUUCGCGACGUACGGCAUGAAGAUGUGGGGCCGCGUGAUUGGAGAUGCAAACAUGGAGGCCCGAGGCAACCUCAUGCUGGCGCUGCAGGCGCGCAGCUUCCAGAAUUAUUUCCUGAUGGAGAGCAACAACCGCAACCAGCCGGCCGAGAUUAUCAACAACAAGGUCACGGGCAUUCUGUUCGAAAACAAGGUCGACUGGGCGACGUACUUUUCCGCCGCAUGGUGGUGCAAAGAAGGCAUCCACAUGAUCCCGGUCCACGUCCCGUCGACGCUGAUCCGGACGCCCAACUUCGUGCGCGAGGAGUUCAACACGUACAUGAGCAACGGGCGGAUCAACGAGGCCGAGGGCGGGUGGCGCGGCAUCCUGUACGCCAACCUGGCCCUCAUCGACCCGCGGGCGUCGUACGACUUCUUCGCCAAUCCAGGCUUCGAUAUGGGCCUGUUGGACGGCGGCGCCAGCAGGACGUGGUAUCUGGCGUAUGCGGCGGCGCUGGGCGGCGCGUGA